AAGCUACUCUGCGCAAUUGAUCCGUACGUGACGUGGUAAUUAAGUAUGCUCGGAUUGUCGUUUGCGUCCCUGUUCUUGCCGACAAAAAGACAGCUACUGUUCACCCUCCCGAUCUUCUUCUUUCUCACGCAAUUGGGCCUGGAUUACUGCGAGUAUUUGCUUCUCACCUACUUCCAGCAUUUAUGAACUGCAAAAGCAUCGUACUAGUAUGAAUUGCAAUACAAAUUUCCUCAGCAUUAGAAAUGGAAUUUGUAAUGCGGUUUUACCUUGAUGGAAAGAUUUGUAAUGCAAGCCUUGCAUUUAUACGAGUACGAUACUUUUGCACAGGAUAGCAUUGCAAUGGCAACAAAUUCCCCAACUUGAAGCACACGAGCAUUGCGGAGCAGAAGCCGGAUCAAGAGGCUGGGAAAGAUGAAGGUGACGCCACUACUUAUUCGAGCAACAAAAAGGUGGACUGAUUUAAGUCUAUAUAGAUGAACAAGCUGCUGUGCGGAAAUAAGUAGAAAGAAUCCGGUAGGCUGCAAGUACAACUACUAGCAACGACGGUCGAAUAUAAUCGUGUAGAAUGUCGCGGUCGCGGAGAAGAGGGCCGCAGUGUCGCAAAGCGCCACGGUAGAUGGGUGGCUUGUGGUGCAAGACGCACAUAGUUGCACUUGUCGUGUUGAACGCUUGCCAGGCUUAAAGCAUCGCAGUUGAACAACCAUCAAGCUCAUUUCCGGCUUCACCGAAGUGACAACAAGAAAAAUGUCGACCACCGCCGGAGCCUCCGCAUCGCUCUCCAUGUCGACGUCUAGCGUCGUUUCCUCCAUCGUAGUUGCGAUCGUUGCGGUAUCCUGUGUAAAAACGCGCCUGCUUUUUAGCCCACAUUCAUUUGUCAUGCAAAUCUAUUGCAUGCCCGGGCGCGACUACGUUGUGCUUGUGGGCCCAAAGUUGUCAACACGCAGAAGAUCCCCGGGAGCUUCUUAUCUUAGUUUGAAUUUGUCUAUACAUAGCAAUGUUCUUGAUGCUUCUUCUACCUUAACUCUGGGACGUCGGCGGGUAUGUUUUUACACAGGAUAAGCGGUGCUGAUCGGCAUGGUUUUCUGGCUGCUUUUGUCCCAGGAAGCGGUGCCGGAAGGAGCCCUCGUUGACCAACUGGAUCCCGAAUAUUACAUCGCGCCACAUUUGCUCGGAAAGGCAAACGCGACGGCGGCGGAGACAAAGGUCGGCCUGUCCGUGAUAAUACCUGCGUAUAACGAGGAGGUAGUGAAGAAUCGUGUUUUAUUGGGUGAAAGUAACACGCAGCUUGGGUGCAUUUUUUCCAUUUGUCACUCACCUAAAAGCGCUUUCCAGUAGUUGUCGUCCAGCACAUGCAGGUGGAACACCAGAAGUACGAACUUGAGAUAUUCCUUUUCUUGGAACAAGACAAAAUAAAAACUGAACAGGAGCGUCUGCCGAUCAUGAUGAAGGAAACGCUGGACUUUCUCGAAACGACGUACGGGAAGCCGACCGGCGCGACCAGUAAAAAGUCGUACGAGAUCAUCGUCGUCGACGACGGCAGCGAGGACAGCGGGGCACUGAUGGUGCUGAAAACGUACGACCGGGAGACCGUGAAGGUGGUGAAGCUGCGGAAAAACCGGGGUAAGGGCUUCGCGGUGCGAGUCGGCAUGCUGUCCGCGACCGGCGAGAGGCGCUUGAUGGUGGACGCGGACGGGGCCACCAAAUUUUCCGACCUAGCGAAGUUGGAGAAGCAGCUGGGGGCGGGAGUCGCAGCAGAGGGGACAAAAAAGACCUCGGAAGGCGUGCAGGAGAACUACGUAGAAGGUGUACAACGUCGACACGAGGACCAGCAGCAUCAAAUCGCAUUCGGCAGCAGACACCACCUGUCGCAAGAGGCGACGGUGAAGCGAGCCUGGUACCGGAACGUGUUGAUGUGGGGGCUGCACUUUCUCGUCCGGCUCCUCAUCACGGCGAACGGCCAGCCGAUACACGACACGCAGUGCGGUUUUAAACUGUUCACGGCGGACGCGGCCGAGAAGCUGUUUCGGAACCUGCACAUACAGCGGUGGGCCUUCGACCUGGAGCUGGUGGUAUAGAUGCUGCUGAGGCACUUGAUGUCGCUUUGGAUAGUUAAAAAAUUUUGCAUCUCGGCGGGGGUUUGGUUGUGAUACUCGGUAGUUGUUUCAAAAGGAUUUUGCAAUACUAUUAACCUUUCAGGUUCUCGCACAGCAGUUCGGUCUUUCCAUCGCGGAAGUGCCUGUCACGUGGCAUGAAGUCCCCGGGUCGAAGUUGAGCAUAGUGUCUGCGACGCUGAGCAUGCUGAAAGACAUGUUUAAAAUCAGGAUGUGCUACUUGACUGGAAUCUGGAGAAUAAGAUGAUGCUUAUGAAAUAUUGAACCAUUUUGCGACAAGAGACUUUUUGAAAUGCAGCAUGUACAUGCAGCAAAU